GGUGUUCGAGUGAGACCGUUCGCAUUGUGGUGCUCCCGACCGUUGCACAUGUGAACCGUUAACUGUCAUUCGAGUCACUUAUUUUUUUGCAUGUAAUCGGGCCACUCAUUUAAUUAGAAUACAGAUUUUUUCUAAAAAUUAGAAUCAGAAUAUUUUGUUUUAGUUUGCUUUUCAACUGACAACUUUUCAAUAAAUCGUGGCUAGUUUUUUGAAUUUUUAAAAUCUGUCAUGGCGUCAUGAAGUUGCUUUUCCCAGCUGCACUUUUAAAGAAAUACGUCAGUUUGCAAGUGAACUUUUUUGGGAACUUGAGUCCAAGGACAAGUGACGUCAUCAGACUAUAAGGGAUUCUUCUCUCGACGUGCAAAAAAGGACACCUGGAAGUCAGAUCAAACAAUUAUAAGGAAGAUGGUGGUGUUCCGUCUAAUGGCCGUCGUGGUGACUGGGUGUUGGGUGGCGGCUGGUGUUGUGGGCAUGGCUGGUGGGCAGAGAGCGCCUUGUUAUCAGUGCGAAAUGUAUAGGGAAGCUCACCCACAUUAUCGCCCAUACACUGCCGUCAGAGUCCACUGUGUAUACCCAUGCAGCUGUGGGCCCAUACCCUCCUGCGGGCCUGGGACACCAGUCAUUCAGGACGGCUGUGGGUGUUGCUGGCAGUGCGCCAGACAAGUAGGCGAGUCCUGUGAUGGCGUGACGCUGUGUGACUCCUCGAGAAGCCUCACUUGUAAAUACAACAGCACGGCAGAUGCGAAAGGAGAAUGUCAAGAAGUAUUCCAGGCGAAAUGUGCAGUCAACAAUACCAUCUACGAACACGGGGAGACUUUCUCACUAGACUGUCGAACUCAGUGCACAUGUCAAAACGGAACAUAUGCCUGCGUCUCCCUCUGCCCUGGAGAGAAUCUGCUACCCAGCGAGCAAUGUCAGAAUCCCCAUCUGGUGUCGGUUCCCGGGCAAUGUUGUCGGGAGUGGAUGUGUGAUACCGCCCCAGACAAAGUUGUAGGGCCUCCCGAAUGCGACAGACAGUCUGGGCGCUGGUCAGAAUGCUCCACGAGAUCCUGCGGCGUCGGGAUAUCGGUCAGAUGGUCAUCCGACAACGAUCAGUGCCGUCUAGUCAACCAAACCCGUCUGUGCCAGGUCAGGGCGUGUCAGAAGCCAGGUCAGGCGGACGACACGUCUCUCCUGCCGAAGACAGAGAAACCCACGAGGAAGCAUCAUAUAAGGCGAGGUCACACAUGCAAAGCAACGCUACGCCCCCUGCGGUCAGUUCGACUCAGAGCCGGAUGGUGUAUUAGCGAGAAACGCUUCAGGCCCAAGAUGUGUGCCGACUGCCCCUACAAGUGCUGCAGGAUCCACGCUUCCACGACGAUUUCCGUGGCCUUCCUGUGCCCCCUCCACGCCAACAAGGACCUGCUGUCAGCGACUAGGCCUAAGUUCCCACCAGGGCCUCGCAGGGACUUUGCUUUCAACGAGGUUUACCAUCUGGACGCCGCCGGUUCUUACGACGGCGGGGAAGAGGAACAGUCUUUCUCUCAGUCCAUCUCUGAGGACUCUGUCCUCAAGUACCCUCAGCCAGGGAGGGAUUACAAAGACUUUGCCCCUGGGUAUGAAUACCCGGUGAGUGCUGCGGGCUACCGGAGGCAAGCGAAGAAAUACAGUGGCUACGUGGAUAGGUCUAGCGAUUAUUACCAGAGUGACCCCAACAUCAGCGACAACUUGCUGGAAGACGCCCCGCCGUUCGAGAUCGACAACCUCACGGUCGAUGACGACAUCGAGUACAACCAGAUCAAAAACGACAACUACGAAAUUGUCCAUCACCAGGUCGAAUGGAUACUGAGGUGCAGGUGCCAGGACACCUGCGAGGACCAGUCGUCACCUGCAGAACCAACGGCUCAGCCUUUGGCACCCACCUAACGCUUUCGAGGUGCUCAAGUGUAGGCCUAUGUGCCCGUGAAGAGUAAUGGAGGUGAACACGGCCUUUACACCGAGUAGGUUGAGAGCAAGAAAGCGCACUGGCUUCGUUCACGUGGAAUCUUGGACACCAGACAAUUUCCCGUUAGGUCUGACGAUGGAGAAAUGCUAUGUCAGAAUUUGAGAAAUCUCUGAGAUGGAGGGAAAGUUGUUACUUUCUAAAGAGAUUGAAGGAAAAGUGUUACUUUCUAAAGAGAGUGAAAGAAAUGUGUUAAUUUCUAAAAGAGAGUGAGGAAAAGCUGUUUUCUAAAGAGAGUGCAGGAAAGGUGUUACUUUCUAAAAGAGAGUGAAAAAAGGUGUUACUUUUUAAAGAGAAUUUAGGAAAGGUGUUCCUUUUUAAAGAGUUUGGGAAAGGUGUUACUUUAUAAAGAGAUUGAAGGAAAGGUGUUACUUUCUAAAAGAGAGUGAAAGAAAAGUGUUACUUUUUAAAAAGAGUUUAGGAAAGGUUUUACUUUCUAAAGAGAGUUUAGGAAAGGUGUUACUUUCUAAAGAGAGAGAAUGAAAGGUGUUACUUUCCAAAGAGAGUGAAGGAAAUGUGUUACUUUCCAAAGAGAGUUUAAGAUAAGUGUUACUUUCUAAAGAGAGUGAAGGAAUGGUGUUACUUUCUAAAGAGAGCGAAGGAAGGUGUUACUUUCUAAAGAGAGUGGAGGGAUGCCAACCUGCCGUCACAAUCAGAAGAGAACGAAAGUAAAUGACGCAGUUUCUUAUAUAUUUUUUACAAGGUUGAGAUAAAAAAAAAAUAUUUUUUUAAUUGAGCAUCUAAAAUUCAAAUUGUGUUAAUGUGCUUCGAGAAAACACUAAAAAUUAAUCAGCAUAUUUUUUUAUGAUGCUGAUAUGAAAAUAUUUUAUUUCAUAGCGCAACUAAAAUCUAUUCAAAUUGCUGCUUAAGGGCUUCGAGAACAUAUUGGAAAUUAAUCGGAGCUCGUUACUGAAAAUCUUUGAAAAUAUUCUCACAAUUGAUAAAUAAUCUGUGCACCAUAAUGUACGAUUUAAACUCCAAUUUUCAACAUUAUCACGACUAUGUCUAAUGAAAUCUGUUGUCAAAAAAAUAAUGGAUACUCUUCACUCCAUAACCAAGUUGACAAAGAUUUGCCUGAAGAGGGACAGAGAGAAAGAGGGAAUAUGUCUUAAUCGAUUAAGAUAUAUUUAUGCCUUACGUUCUGUAUCACUAAGCUUACGAACAUUGACCACAGCAACACUACCUAGAGAGUAGAAAAUAGUCGAUAGUGAAGUUCUGUAAGAUAUAAAUUUAAAACAAAUAGGCUGUAGAUAUAUAUCUACAAGAGAAGCCACUACGGAUGUGAUGAUAGAGCCUACGGAAGAGGAAUAAAAAAGCAACGGGAAAAAAUGAGAAAUGGUUUGUUUUGUUGCUGAAGAAUUCGAACAGUUACCAGUGAAAUAAGAAGAAAUGGUUUCUUCAAGGGAAGGUUUACGAGCUUAAGAGUUGGUACAAAUGAAAGAUAUGAAAUGCCUUACUAGCAUAAUCUUAGAAAUGUAUGGAGUCACUCGGUCGGAUAUUAUUAUUAUUAUUAUUAUUAUUAUUAUUAUUAUUAUUAUUAUUAUUAUUAUUAUUAUUAUUAUUAUUAUUAUUAUUAUUAUUAUUAUUACUUUGGGUAAUCCUGAAGAUAAUAUUGCUGUCUUACCUUAACUUAUUUUCUUUCUUCAAGGGAUAGGUCGUACAUUAAGUAUCCAACGGUCAUUGAGGAAAGUAUAGUGUUAUAUUGUACCGUAUUUUAGAGUAGUUUACAGUAUAUUAAUAUUCCUUUUUAACGUUUUUAUUAUUAAACUUCACAUGGUGUUUCGACUACCUAUAGCUAUACUACCAGGGCAGCUACUGUCGAAUACCUUUCCUUCAUCUGUUGCUUCCUGAGAGGUUUAACAGUGUCUCCGUUUCGGCUGUUCAAUACUAUUUUUCCCCAGUCACUUCUUAUCACUUCCACACAUUUACAUUUUAUUUCUGGCUGCUCCAAGAGCAAGGAUCACUGCUGCAUAUGACUAACUAGAUCAAAAUCAACCAAUCUGUUAAUUAAUAACAGAAAAGUCCACAUAAAGUAAUCAUACACUGAGAAAAAUAGGCUUGUUCCCCUGUGAAUAUUGUAGGCUUAAUUUACGACCUAAUAGUAACUCAAGGAAAAAAUAAGAAGAAAAAAGAGAGAAGAAAGAUAGUACAUAUGCAGAUGGGACAGUAGCUACCUUUAUUAUUAUUAUUAUUAUUAUUAUUAUUAUUAUUAUUAUUAUUAUUAUUAUUAUAUUAUUAUUAUAGUCCAUUCAUGUUUACAUCAUAUUUC